CGUCGGCGGCGGCUGGUGGGGGUGGGGAAGGGUGCGGCGAGGAGACGGGAGAGGUCAGCGAGUUUGAGGGAGGAUCGAGAGUCGUGCCGCCGUCAUGUCCGAAGACUCGAGCGCCCUGCCCUGGUCCAUCAACAGAGACGAUUACGAGCUGCAGGAGGUGAUCGGGAGUGGAGCAACUGCCGUGGUCCAAGCAGCAUAUUGUGCCCCUAAAAAGGAGAAAGUGGCAAUCAAACGGAUAAACCUUGAGAAAUGUCAAACUAGCAUGGAUGAGCUCCUGAAAGAAAUUCAAGCAAUGAGCCAGUGCCAUCAUCCUAACAUUGUAUCUUACUACACAUCUUUUGUGGUAAAAGAUGAGCUGUGGCUAGUCAUGAAGCUGCUAAGUGGAGGUUCUGUUUUGGAUAUUAUUAAAUACAUUGUGGCAAAGGGAGAACAUAAAAGUGGAGUCCUAGAUGAACCUACCAUUGCUACAAUCCUCAAAGAAGUGCUGGAAGGAUUGGAAUAUCUGCAUAAAAAUGGACAGAUUCAUAGAGAUGUAAAAGCUGGAAAUAUUCUUCUUGGAGAAGAUGGCUCAGUACAGAUUGCAGAUUUUGGCGUUAGUGCUUUUUUAGCAACUGGUGGUGAUAUUACCCGAAAUAAAGUAAGAAAGACUUUUGUUGGCACUCCUUGUUGGAUGGCACCAGAAGUUAUGGAACAGGUUCGAGGUUAUGACUUCAAAGCUGACAUCUGGAGUUUUGGGAUCACAGCAAUUGAACUGGCCACUGGGGCAGCUCCUUACCAUAAGUACCCACCAAUGAAGGUUUUAAUGCUGACGCUGCAGAAUGAUCCUCCCUCUUUGGAAACUGGUAUUCAAGAUAAAGAAAUGUUGAAAAAAUAUGGAAAAUCAUUUAGAAAAAUGAUUUCAUUGUGCCUUCAAAAGGAUCCUGAAAAAAGACCAACAGCAGCAGAACUAUUAAGGCACAAAUUUUUCCAAAAAGCAAAGAAUAAAGAAUUUCUUCAAGAAAAAAUAUUGCAGAGAGCACCAACCAUCUCUGAAAGAGCUAAAAAGGUCCGGAGAGUGCCAGGUUCCAGCGGCCGUCUCCAUAAGACAGAAGAUGGUGGCUGGGAGUGGAGUGAUGAUGAGUUUGAUGAAGAAAGUGAGGAAGGGAAAGCAGCAAUUUCACAACUCAGGUCUCCCCGAGUGAAAGAAUCAUUAUCAAAUUCUGAGCUCUUUCCAACAACUGAUCCAGUGGGUACUUUACUCCAAGUUCCAGAACAGAUUUCUGCUCAUCUACCUCAGCCAGCUGGGCAGGUGCCUGCACAGCCAACCCAAGUCUCUCUUCCACCCGCUGCAGAGCCAGCAAAACCAGCUCAGGCUCCAUCUUCAGGAACAGCUCCACAGGAAACCAAGAUCCCAAUCAGUCUAGUACUAAGAUUAAGGAAUUCAAAAAAAGAACUAAAUGAUAUUCGAUUUGAAUUUACUCCUGGGAGAGAUACAGCGGAGGGUGUCUCUCAGGAACUCAUUUCUGCUGGCCUAGUCGAUGGGAGGGAUUUAGUAAUAGUGGCAGCCAAUUUGCAGAAAAUUGUGGAAGAACCUCAGUCAAAUCGAUCUGUCACUUUCAAACUGGCAUCUGGUGUCGAAGGCUCGGAUAUUCCUGAUGAUGGUAAACUAAUAGGAUUUGCCCAGCUCAGCAUCAGCUAAACCACAGUCCGGGAAGAGGCGGCCUGAGGAGAUUCCACACACACGUGUCUCUGUUGCUUCUGUUGGCCUAAACCCACUACUGCCAAAGAACCCAGCAACAAACCUCCCAGCUAGGAGCUUUAGAGGUCUUUCUUUAUGUUCUUCCUGCCGUCCUCCCCCCUUUUUCUCACAGGGAAAGAAAAGUUGGAUCACCAGUGGCCAGCAUCUCUUUAAAGAGUUCCGUUAGUAAACUUACUGCCCAUGUCCCCUCUCCGCCUCCAUCCGAGAAGUGGCCCUUGUGCCACCAGGCCCAGGAGGGAGAUCUGUCAGUUCAUCUUAUCUUGCCUUACUCCAGGGAUGGCACUGGGUGAAAAGCAGCAGCUAUAUUGGGCUUCUUUUAUCCUGCCUGCGCUCCCACACCUGCCAGGAUGUGGGCAUCUGGGGACAUCUCUUUACCACUGAAGUAGCAAUUAGAAGUUGAUUGUUCAGCUGGAGCUCAGAGAAUUUAAUCGAUAGUGGGUUUUGUUUGUUUGGGUUUUUUUGUUUUGUUUUGUUUUGUUUUGUUUUGUUUUGUUUUUGCAUCUGAUGUGAAUUCUAGCAACCUUUGUUAGGAAAAAGCACAGCCUCGGAUAGAGGCAGCCUAAACUGUGUUCUUGUUUUGUUCCUGAUGUUUCUAAGCGUUUUGCUGAAGCUGCUCUCAGGCACCCCUCUUCAUUGCUCCCUCCAGAAAGGGUGGCUAGCCUUAACUUCAGCUGGUGCAAAACAUCUGACUAGUCGAACUUCAGCCAUCGGAUCAUUCAAAGUGGAACUUCGGACUGUUUUUAGAGAAAACAUCAAGUACUAGUUUGUAAAAGUGAAUUUUCCCAGGGGUGGUUUUUGAACAGGAAAAUCAUAACUCAUAUUAUUAUUGUGUAAGUAUUUAUUUUCAAAUUAAAAAAAAUUAAAUUGAAGAAAAACUGCUCCUCGAUCCUCCUGUGACCUCCGCAUCAUGAGGAAAUGCAAGGCUGAGAUUUCUACAGCAAUAAAGGAGACUCACUGGGCCAGAGAGGCCUGCCUUCUGCCCUCUCUCCUGCACUGACCCUUUGGAGGGGUCCACACUUCUAUGCGCUGAACCUGACCCGAGAUGGAAAGUGAAACCACAUGUGCCGUGACCUUUACAAUUUAUGAAUAGACAGUGUUCAUUUGGUUUUCUACAGAAAUAUUGUAAAUUAUUCUUUAGGUUUAAAAAGAGCACUCAUAAUGUAAUAUGUGAAUAAUCAGUGAGGUUGAUUUUUUUUCCCCCUUUCUACUGUUUCACAGAACUUUUGUCUAAUUCCAAAUAGCCCUAACAAGUUUUGUAUUUGAAAGGGAUACUCAAUCUGGCCUUAAAACAGCACACAAAGAUGGACUUUGGCCCCAGGAAAAGAGGAAGUUGUCCCUUACAGAAUCGAGCCCUUUCCAGCAUUGUUGGCCUGGAAACAAGAUUGUUUUAUCUGAUUUUUUCUGGGAGCGUCUCUGAAAGUUUCCCCCAUGACCUACGUGCCAGCUUUUGUGUCAUCCUGAGCCUGUAGGCUGUAGUCAUGUGGGUUUUCUUUAACUGCCUUGGCUGCAGAGGCACGUUGGGAAAGGAAUGGGUUUUAGAGAGGGGACAGGUUUGGGAUGGGAGUCAGAAGGAAUGAGGAUUGGAGGGUCAGAUACCAAAGUCCAAGGUCCCAGCAGGACUGGCAAAAGGAGGCAGCCUGCUGAGCCUGGAGAGAAAAAAAAGUUUGCUCUGUUUCCAAGAAAAACAUUUGGCUUUUUAAAUUUUUUUUCUGGUGGGGGGAAGUGUAGGUGCGGGAAAUAAGGACAGGGAGGUAGGAAUGAGUUAAGAAAAAAAUAGCAGAGAGCUGGUACCCUUUUUGGCACAAACAAGUGGGUUACCUGAGUCCGGUCUUUGUUUCCAAUAAGCCCAUCAUCAUCUGCUUACUCAUGAAUCCCAGGAGUCAUGACAUCACUCUGUUCUAGCUUUCUACUUGGAGGUGGUCUGGUUCCCGGACUGGAAGUGAGCAGCAGCCCAUCCCCCUUUCAGUUUCUCCAGCAGGCCAGUGACCUGCAGCGGGACAGGCAUGGCUACAGAUGGGCUGGGACUUUUUCUUUUCAGUUCAUUUUGCCCUGCUGGGAAGUAGGACUCAAAUACCAACCCCCAGGACAGUGUUAUUCCUUCUGCAUGAUAAUGUGGUGGACUCCCUUUGCUGACUUGUGCAGUGAUGCUGAGAAAAUAAGUGACCUGAAACUGUCCAGGCUUCUGGACAGCAUGUGACCUAGUGACCGACCUUACUUCUUCCUAGGAGUGAUGGCUCAGGGUGCAUCUCUGUCCUAGGUCCUCAGAGUCCCUUGACCCCCGGGAUAGGGACGACUGAUUUUAGCACAAGGUAACAUGUGCCAAUGCUAUUUGUGAAAUGUAUGGUCUUUCUAAAUGACUAAUGGAUUUGUUUGGGUUUUUUGCUUAAGUUUUGAACCAAAUCCUAGAGCCAGCUGAUACUAUUUAAUAAUCUGGAGGACAGAAUAAUGGUGUAUCAAUACAUGGAGAUUCCUCCUUAUGACUUACGGUAGAUUAUGGAAGAUGUAAAAUAUUUUACUUUUCCCUCCUUUUUUGGACUUUGUAUUUUGCUGCAUGUUUCCUUCAUUUUUAAUCAAUAAAGAAUAAAUUGUGGCAUGGUGUCUGUUGAUGGGCAGCAAUGAGGGGUGGGUCAGGAUGUUACUUUAAUGAUUUAUACAAAUAGAGCAAAGACAUAGUGCACGUAAAGUAUGAAAUGUGUAUAUUCUUCUGUAA